GUAAGUCAUGAGGCAUAAAGAAAUACUAUGUUAAAAAAAUACAGUCUCUAUAUCUUGUAAUUUAUGCAAGCAUACCAAGACUGCCACAGCACGACAAAAGUCAAGCAGAACUCAAUGACAAACAAACCUUUGAAGUUAAAACGUUCACAAGUCAAGAACGCUUGCAUCAACUGUAAGAAAGCGUGUAAAAAAUGUGAUGAUGGAAGAGCCUCUCAGAGAUGUAUCAAGUACAAUCUAGUCAAUACAUGUAAAGGCUCAAUUCGAAAAGAGCGAAAAAGGAAGAAGAGAGGACCGUACAGAAAAAAUCACACAGAUGAAACAGGUGAUGCCAAACAAUCAACAAAUAACACUCUAUCGUCACCAUUAUUGACGUUACCCACUGUGCCUGUAUUUUCCAUCACCAUGGAAACAUACAUGCCGUCUGAGCAACAGCAAGAGCUAUCGGCUGCUAAAAUAGACAGAGUUAUAAGUACCAAGAAUAUCAUUGGAAUCAAUCAAAAUGGCUAGUUGGAACGUUUCCUAUUGUUAGUCCGGAUAGUUUGCACAAUACCUUUCAAGCAUACACAUGGAAUAGCCGUGACGAUAAUAAGAAUUUAGAUUAUGUAAACAGUAUAAAGAGCUCUGGCACCAUUAACGACUCAACGUUCGCUACUUUUCAUUAAUAAAAAUAGGAGUCUG